UCAAUUAUUGAUUUAUCUUAAGGUUCUGAAUAUGCGACAAAAACACACUCAGCAGCAGAAGAUUGUAAAUAAAUUAAUUCAUUUUCUGAUGGCAGUUGUUCAACCCAGGAUGGCUGGUAUGAAGCGUAGGUACGGGGUUCCUGGUAUUCACCUUGCUAUAGAGGAUAAUGAGGAACCAAACGGGAAAAUGCCUAAAAUGGAAUCCAGCUCAGGACCAGUUAUACAGGACGUGACAAACUCCGAUCCGCUCGCAACUCUUCUUGAAGGCGUUGGAGUUCCUAACGUUGAGCUUCCCACUUCUCCCAGAGUUGAAGUUCCACACAAGUCUGAAGGAAAAUAUAGACUCGUGGAUCCUCAAUCAGUUUCACCGUCUAUGUCCCAGGUUAACAACCAGAGUGCUUUAUCACUAUCCCAGAGCUCUCCUAAACGGCCAGGAUUAAACAGAGAGAUCAGUAAGGAGGACUUCGAUCUCGACAUUAACAACAUGCAGGCGGAGUUGGACAACCUCAAGGAUAUCCUGUCUGGGCAGAUAACCCUGGAUACCAGCCUCGUAUCCUCCCUCUUCAGCCCCGAGGAUACCCUUCCUAACCUCGGGAACCUUGGCAACCUCAGUAACCUCCCUGCAAACAUCUCACUAAGUGCUGAUGGUUUACUUAAUGAUGAUAAUGAACUGAACGGGGAUCAGAAUAUGAUUUCAUAUAAUCCUUCUUUGUUUGAAUUGACUGAAGAAGAGGAUGAUGGCCAAGGUUUUCUGAACUCCUUGAACACUCCGUCAUCUUCAGCCCACCUGGAAUCCUGUCUGAACACUCCCCAGCCAUCCUCCCUAGACCUAAACACCCCUCAGAUAUCAGAGGACACCACCAACCCACUAGCCAGCUUGGAAAAACUUGAUGCUUUGCUGAAUUUGCUGGAGAAAGAAAACAUUGCAAAGAAAUAAUUUACAGAAGAGGUCACCCUGUAAAUUAUUUAAGCUUUUUACUAUUCAAAACCAUACUUGUUUUUAUCAAUAUCAUCCUAUGAAAGCAAAUAUAAAAUAUACCAUGAAAAAUGUAAACUAAUAUAAAUUCGGCUCCACUAUAUCAAUAACCAUGUAUUAAUUGUACUACGUACUAUUUACAGUUAUGUCUUGCGUGUACAUUUAGCCUGAAUAUUGUACUCUAUUAAUGCCAGAAAAUUUAAUAAAUUUUAACAAACUAUA